AUGAGCUAUGGUGACAGCAAAGCAGUCUUCAAAAGGCGACGCGAGGAGAUUGGAUUUGAGUCAGAGGUGAUAGAGCAAAUCACCAAUCAUGGACUUGACACCAUGGCGAAGUUUGCAUUUGCAUGUCAUUUUUCACCUGGUAGUACAGAUGAGGCGCCCCUGAUCCAGCUGGCAAAGGAGAUAAUGAAACGUGCACCUUCAACGGUAGAGAUGUCUUGUGUUAGACGCCUUUUCAGUGAAAGCUAUGCCAAUGUUGCUGCAGACAUCAAAAAUUCUGUUGAGGCAACGGAUGACAUGCCGACCCGUAGGCUUGCACCAGCAGAAAGAGCAGAACGUUUGCGUCUGCAACAGCAACGCCUUUCAGGUGUCAACAUCUCAGGACCCUACGAGCCUGGAGACGCAUUAGUGGAUCGAUGCAUAGCAAUGUAUGAUGCUGACCGCAUUCAAUUCAUACCAUGGGAUGUUUGCACCAGCCGAGAACAUGAGAUAUUGCAAGGAUCGAAGAAAGAUCAAACCCUGACCUUUGACUCGACAGGUGUCCUCAAGCUCCACAAGCAGUCUCGUGUUGAGCCUUGCAGCACUGCCACAGAAAUUCAGGUCCGUUAUUGCUUGACUCGGAGAGCACUGGCCUUGGAGCAAGCCAACAUAGUCAGUUUCCAAAAUAUGGAAUCAUGGUCAGAAAAGAUGAUGCAAUCACGUUUGGAUGAGCCUCCUCCGAACUAUAUCAAAACUACCAUGAAACAACUGGAGUCUGCUGACAGAAAACUGUUUCUCCUCAUUAGUGAAAAGACGAGGGAGGGCAUCAAGUGCAACGCCAAAGGACGCCCAGUUGACGAUGUUUUCAAAGAGAGCAUGGAAAGUUCAGAGGUGAUGUCAUUGUUACAACCACGACCUGGAGGCAGCAGUGCAGGACCCAGACCAGCCGAAGCUCAACCAGAAGGAGGCCCACAGAUCGACGUCGAGAUGGAGGCAACUCGACAGAAUUCAAAUUUUUGCGAACAUGUAGAAGAGCCGGCCACGGAUCCUUUGCAGAGUCAAAACUGUGAGCAGAGCGACGUUUUUGCUGGCUUGUUGAAUGAUUUGCAGAUCCCUGAGGGAUCCCGAACACCCGUUUUUGUGGAAUUAUGUGCAGGACGCAUCGCUAUCUUGACGGACUGGGCAAGACGUGCAAAAGCGCUGAGUGAUCUGGAAAAUCAAUUGAAGUCCAACAUGAAUCCCAACGUGGCAAAAAUCAUGGCACCUAAGCGCAUUUUGCUCAUGAGAUCCAUUGCAAUUGACAUGGAAUGCGAUUGGUUGCCCGUUCGAAGAUUCGGAGUGUUGCAGAAAGACAAACUCCGUCCUAUCGACGACUUCAAGGAAAACCAUGUGAACAAAACAUUUGCCAGCUCCGAGCGGUUGGAGUUGAGGACCAUGGACCACACUUUGUGGUCCCUCUUCACAGUCCUGAAGUUUCUGCUGUUUGACGGACGUUUGGAUUUCACACUCAGCUCAGGGGAACGUUUGUGUGGCGAGGUUCACCCAGCCUGGAAAAGUGUUGAACCGAACUUCAAAACUUCCUGCAUAGAUCUCAAGUCGGCAUACAAACAACUUCCACUGAAUGAAGACAACUACAAAGAUUCAGUGGUGACCAUUUGGAAUCCUGACAAGAAAUGUGUUGAAUGUUUUAUUAUGAAAGUGCUCCCCUUCGGAGCUGCAGCGAGCGUCCAUCACUUCCUGCGUGUCAGCAACUUCCUGCAAGCAGUGUGCAGGUACAUGGGAUUACUUUGGUCUGCUUUCUUCGACGAUUUUGUGUUGCUCAGCCAUGUGAUGCAUGAAUCCAGCACCAUGACGACGGCCCUCAGCCUUUUCGACAUUUUGGGUUUUCAAUACAGCAAAGACAAGUUGCAACCUUUCAAAGACAAAACUGAAAUGCUGGGUGUUGAACUAGACCUGUCGGCAGUGAAAACCGGCACCAUCAAAGUGAGAAACAAAGCUUCACGAACGAGCGAGCUUUCUGAAAUCCUGGAGCGAAUCUUGAAACAGAAGAAGGUGAUAAUCAAGGAAACAAUUGGUAUCAGUCCCAAAACCAAACCCUUCUUACUGUUCACCGACGGCUCUUUGGAAUAUGACGAACUGGACAGACCCAUUGCAGGAAUUGGAGCCGUUCUCAUGUGCCCCGACAAUACAAAUUUUGUUUUUGGAACAAAGGUCACAAGUGACACGCUGAAGCUGUGGCAAGUUGAUGGCAAAACGCAUGUUGUGGGAUUGGUGGAGCUGUAUGCUCUUGUUGCUGCUUUUAAGACUUGGGCAAACAUCCUCAAAGGUCAACGUGUCAUUUGCUUCACUGACAGCUGGCCGGUCCUUGACGCGCUGGUCAAAGGAAAUUCACUCGUUGCUGAAUGGAGAGACCUUCUUUUGAUUUUUGAAACUUUGGAUGAACAAAUCGAUGCAAUGCUUUGGAUGGCGCGCGUUGCCUCUAAAUCAAAUCCAGCCGAUGCACCUAGCAGGUUUUCCUUGAAAGAACUGACUUUCCUCAAUGAGCUUGAAAUUUCAGAAGCAGUUUGCCCCAUCACCGGUAAACCUCUUGAAUCUUUUGUAGCGUGGAACUGA